AUGCAAGCAGAUUUCAAUCCAUCUAAUGCACAACAAAUUGAGCAUGAAAAGAUGAUGAUUAGGCAAUUAGAACAUGAUGAUGAUGAGGAUGUCAAUACUAAAAAACAUAUGUUACCAUCGAAGGUUGCAAAAAAGAAAAAGAUUCAAAGCACCAGCACUGUAAAACAAUCGACUACAAGUUAUGGAAAGCACAAGAAAUCUGCAACAUUAGGGACAUAUUUCAUGCCGAGAACAACUCUUGGUGCUCAAAAGUCUCUUCAGAAUUGCUGGAAAAGAAAGGAAGCAGUUGAACGAUAUGAUCUUCCUUUAGCGAAGUGGAUGAUUGAUGUCUAUGUGUCAUUUAAUGUUGUUAACUUUGUGUAUUAUCAGCAUGCCAUAGAUGAUGUAACUGCCAUAGGUCUUGGUUAUAAAGGACCAAACUUGCAUGCUAUUCGUGGUUAUUAUUUGGCAAAAACGGUUGAUGAAGUGAAGAUUUAUGUUGAGAGUUAUCGAAAGAUUUGGAAGAAGACUGGUUGCACAUUAAUGGCUGAUGGAUGGACAUAUCAGAAGAGGACUUUAAUUAACUUCUUAAAAACAUUGUGCAUGUGCGCGACUGAUAAUGCUGUAAAUUAUGUUGUUGCUGGCAAGUUAUUGAUGGAAGAAUUCCCUUCAAUAUUUUGGUCUCUUUGUGUUGCUCAUUGCAUCAACCUCAUACUCCAGGACUUUGGUAAAUUGCAGUCAGUUUGUUCUGUUGUUGAGCAUGCUUCUGCUCAUAAAGAUGAGUUGAGAGCUAUGGUGACAUCUAGGGAAUGGGUCUCAUCUGCUUAUGCUAAACAUAACAAAGGAAAAAAGUUUGUUGAGAGUGUGCUAGACUCUCUGUUUUUGGAAGAAUGUGCAAUAACUGUGUGA